AGAAUCCAAUCUUAUACAUCAUGUCGUCCAGUUCAUCAGCACCGCCUCAAUCAGAGAUUGAUCCCAAAGCAAAGGCUCUCAAUGGAUAUAGAAAAAGACUCCUGGAGCAUCGCGAACUGGACGCUAAACUGAAAGAGAUGCGUCUUGGGCUGAGAAAGUUAGAUAAAGACUUUGACAAAUCAGAAGAUGACAUCAAAGCUUUGCAAAGUGUUGGUCAGGUCAUUGGCGAAGUGUUGAAACAGCUCGAUGAAGAACGAUUCAUCGUUAAGAACACCAGUGGACCCCGUUACGUUGUCGGCUGUCGUACCAAUAUUGAUAAGGAUAAAUUGAAGCAGGGUGCACGCGUAGCCCUUGAUAUGACUACUUUGACAAUCAUGCGAGUACUCCCUCGUGAAGUUGAUCCUUUAGUUUACAACAUGUCUACAGAAGAUCCUGGAGAUGUUACUUUUGCUGGUAUUGGUGGUUUGAGCGAACAGAUCCGUGAACUCAGAGAGGUCAUCGAGUUGCCCUUGAUGAACCCUGAGCUCUUCUUGCGUGUCGGUGUAAAGCCUCCUAAGGGCGUUCUUCUUUAUGGUCCUCCUGGUACCGGAAAGACUCUUUUGGCAAAGGCAGUAGCAAGCACAUUGCAGGUCAACUUCCUCAAAGUUGUGUCAAGUGCUAUUGUAGACAAAUAUAUUGGAGAGAGUGCAAGACUGAUCCGUGAAAUGUUUGGUUACGCAAAGGAACAUGAGCCUUGCAUCAUCUUCAUGGAUGAGAUUGAUGCUAUUGGUGGUCGUCGUUUCUCAGAGGGUACUUCUGCUGAUCGUGAAAUUCAACGUACAUUGAUGGAGCUUUUGAACCAAAUGGAUGGUUUUGAUUACCUUGGACAAACCAAAUUGAUCAUGGCUACUAACCGUCCUGACACACUUGAUCCCGCUUUAUUGCGACCAGGUCGUCUUGACCGAAAGAUUGAAAUUCCAUUACCAAAUGAGCAAGGCAGACUAGAAAUCAUGAAGAUUCAUGCAGGAAAUAUUGCCAAACACGGUGACAUUGACUAUGAAGCCAUUGUUAAGCUUUCAGACGGAUUCAACGGUGCAGAUUUGAGAAAUGUCUGUACAGAGGCAGGCAUGUUCGCUAUCCGGGAGGAGCGUGAUUAUGUAGUGCAAGAAGAUUUUAUGAAGGCUGUCAGAAAGGUCGCCGACGCAAAGAAGUUGGAGACCAAAUUGGAUUAUGAGAAGAUUUAAACAAAAUCAUACAUUUAAUAAACAAGUCACAUCCAUUUCCUUUCUACUUUAAG